UACCACCUCUUGUGUACUCCCUCUGUGAAGAAUUACAAUUUUACAGAGGGAGUAGACCAAGAGGGAUAUAUCGCGAAACAGGAAUAAAAGUAGUGAUCUAAACAGAGAGUUUGAGAUAAGAAUUGGAGCAAGUUUUAGUCGUGUUUUUGGUUUCCUUUGGUGGCGUUUCCUCGUCCUGGUAAAACAUCAUCAUCCUUGUUUGUGUCCCGACUUGGUUGUAUUGAACAGGAGGAGAUAAAUGCAAUACGAAUCCGCGUGUGUUUGUUGAUGGCAGGCAGUAGAUCCGGCUGUGUGUGUUUUGUUGAUGGCGAGGGUAGAUAAUCGGUUGGGCCAGCGCUUUCGUUGUUUGGUUUGUUGUAUUGGUAGUAGUAGUGGACGCGUAUCAUGCAUGCAUACUUUUUGUAUGCAUCACAGGAAGAAGAUAGGACCGCAUCUGGUUUGCGUCCCGGUUUGCGUGUUGUGAGGCUGGCCUAGAACUAGAACUAGAGUAGAAUGAAGCUGCUGCUUGUGCUUGUUUUAAAGGGAAGGGAAGGGAAGGGAAGGGAAGGUUGGUCGGUCAGGUCCGGUCGGCAGAAAGUCCGGAAGAAGCACACGAGAAAGCAAAUCAAAUCAAACGCAUUUGCUAUCCAGGAGAUAGCAAAUUAAUUUAAUUAAAGAUCCCCUCCUAAAGUGACGCCCUGAACCACUCCCCCCAGCCAAGCUUAGCUAAGCUAGGGGUCCCUCUCCCUCCCUCCUCCCCCUACCCCUACCCCUGGUCCCAACGACCCCUUCUCCAUUCUUGAAACGAACUCUAGCUGGCUACCCAGCUACCAAGAAGCUACUGUCCCAUCUUCUUUCUUUCUUGAGUUGGCUGGCCAUGGAGAGGCAGCGGGUGGUGGUGGUGGUGGAGGACGCCCCGGCGUCGCGCGCGGCGCUGCAGUGGGCCGUGCGCAACUUCAUCCGGGCCGGCGACUCCAUCGCGCUGCUCCACGUGUGCGCGCCGGCCCGCUCCAAGCGCCGGCGUCGGCGCCUCCGCCUGCGCGGGUUCCAGCUCGCGCUCGCCUUCAGGGACCUCUGCGACGGCGUCGCGGAGGCCAUGGUGGAGAUCGUGGUGCGGGAGGGGGAGCUCGCGGAGACGGUGGCCGCGGCGGUCGGCCAGCUCCGGGCGUCCACGCUCGUCGUCGGCCUCCACGACAAGAGCUUCCUCUACGGGUACGGGUCGCCGGGCCCGUACGAGGGAGUGGGCGGGCUGGGGUGCCGGGUGCUGGCCGUCCGGCAGCACGCGACGGCGCGGCACGGGGCCGUGGAGGCGGAGCUCACCCAGGUGGAGACCAUACGACUGCACGUGCCGCCGCCCAAGAUCCCGUUCCCGAUCUUCGCGCUGCCGCUGGGCGUCAUCUGGAGGCGAUCGUCGUCGUCAAAGAAGAGGAGAUGACUUAACGGAUGGAUGGCAACAUCUCCGGGCGAGUUGUAUCUGAACCUGCAAGUCCUCUGCUUGCUAGCCUUGCACAUACAGACAGACAUCUUUUUUCUUUCCUUUUAUUUUUGCCACAAAUCUCUCUUCUUGCAUAGUUUCACCAGCUCUGCAGCAAACAAGAGAAAAAAAUGCAGGGACCCAUGAUGACACUGUCUCUGUUUUCGACA